UACUCCUACCAGUUAUCAGUUGUUGACACUUGUGCGGUCUGUGAUGGCUAUCCUGCAGAAAUCUACCAGCUUUUCCCUUAUGGGGACUUUGGCUGCCAGCUGCCUGCUUCUCAUUGUCCUGUGGGCCCAGGAGGCAGAUGCUCUGCCCAUCAACUCCCAAUGCAAGCUUGAUGUGUCCAACUUCCAGCAGCCUUACAUUGUCAACCGCACCUUUAUGCUGGCCAAGGAGGCCAGCCUUGCAGAUAACAACACAGAUGUCCGGCUCAUCGGGGAGGAACUGUUCCGAGGAGUCAAUGCUAAGGAUCAAUGCUACCUGAUGAAACAGGUGCUGAACUUCACCCUUGAAGAUGUUCUGCUUCCCCAGUCAGACAGAUUUCAGCCCUACAUGCAGGAGGUGGUAUCCUUCCUGACCAAGCUCAGUAACCAGCUCAGCCCCUGUCACAUCAGCGGCGAUGAUCAGCACAUCCAGAACAACGUCGAAAGUCUGAAGGAAACCGUGAAACAGCUCGGAGAGAGCGGAGAGAUCAAAGCGAUCGGGGAGCUGGAUCUGCUGUUUUUGUCCCUGAGAAACGCUUGCAUCUGAUCGAGAGAAGCUGGAAAACGAAUAACUGGUCCUUCCUGCCUGCCGAAAAGAACAAUGAGAUUCCUGAACGGACUUUUUGACUAAAGGAAAGUGAGAGGCUAAAUUCCACCAUCAUUAGAAAAUUUCACAUGAAACCUGGCUCAGCUGAAAAAGAGAAUCAGUGUCAACUUGUCCAUGACACCAGAGGUAGACUUGCUAACCACAACGAUUCAUUGACAUUAGUCACUGAUGAUACAACAGAAAAAUAAUGUAUUUAAAAAAAUUGUUUAUUUCCUCAAAGGAGAUUACCUCUCAUUCCUUUAGAAAAAAAAGCCUAUUAACUUCACUUCCAUAACCAAUACUUUAUAUAUGUAAGUUUAUUUAUUAUAAGUAUACAUUUUAUUUAUGUCAGUUUAUUAACAUGGAUUUAUUUAUAGAAACAUUAUCUGAUAUUAAUAUCUGAAUAUAAGGCAAAUAAUAUUUAUGAUAAUAAUAACUAUGGAAACAAGGUAUCUUGGGCUUCAAUAAACACAUGAAUAUCA